UCACCGAGCAGCAACAACAGCAGCACACAGAGCAAGGACCAUGGAGCUAGACGGGGACCGCUGAGACAAAUUAACCGUUAAAACCGGUUUUAUGUAGUCGAUGUGCCGUCUUUUUUAUUUAAACCUUUAUUUUUUAAAGUUAAAUGUAUUGCCAUGGCUUCGUCGGAGGCCAAUAAUUUCAACUAUCUUUCCUCCGAGAGGGAUAAGCUGCCGUCGUCUCCUACCUCUCACAGUAUCAACAGCGCCCCCGGUGAGGACUACGUCGACUGCAACCGUGGCAACUGUAACCAUGACACCAGCCUGUUGUCUCCGGCCAGCGGGUGGGUGGGGCCUGAGCAGGAAGAAGAAGCGCUCCGCAGGAAGUUGAAAUAUUUCUUCAUGAGCCCCUGUGACAAGUUCCAUGCCAAGGGACGCAAGCCCUUUAAACUGGGACUGCAACUAUUGAAGAUCAUUAUAGUCACAGUACAGCUGGUGUUGUUCGGCCUCAGUAAUCAGAUGGUGGUGACGUUUAAGGAGGAGAAUACGGCCUGCUUCAAGAACCUCUUCCUCAAGGGCUACAGCGAGGGAUCAGGAGACGCCCUCGCAGUGUACACACAAGCAGACGUCUACGACACCAUGUACUACGCCAUAGAACAGUACCUGAACCUGUCUGAGUUGACGGUGGGCAGGUAUGCCUAUGUCUACAAUGUGGGGGUGAACAACAGCGCCCUCUCCCUCUGCCAGCAGUACUACAGGAAGGGCCGCAUAGACCCGGGCAACGACACAUUCAGCAUAGACCCAGUGGUGGUGCCAGAAUGUAUAGGUAUAAAUCCCCUCUCGGCUCCACCCACAUCCUCUCCUAGCAACGGCAGCUACAGGAACUUCACCCUCAAGUUUCACAAGUUAAUCAAUGUGACUAUCCAGUUCCAGUUGAAGGCCAUUAAUCUGCAGACCAUCAUCAAUAACGAGAUCCCAGACUGCUACACCUUCCUCAUCACGAUAGUGCUUGAUAAUAAGUCCCAUAGUGGGAAGGUGAAGAUCAGUCUGGAUAAUCACGCCUCCAUAAAAGAGUGCAGAGACCCCAGCGUCUCAGGCCACGCGGAGAACCAUGCCCGCGUGGCGUUUGACGUGGCCGUGUCAGUGGUGUGUCUGCUGUCUCUGCUGCUGUGUGGACGAUCCAUCAUCAGAGGCAUCAUACUGCAACAGGAGUUUGUGGAGUUCUUCCGUGUGAGCCUGAGUCGGCGUGUGUGUGUGGCGGACCGCAUGGAGUUCAUUAACGGGUGGUACCUGCUGCUCAUCGCCAGCGACCUGCUCACCCUCGCUGGCACCUUCAUCAAGAUCGGCAUCGAGUCCAAGAACCUCUCAUCCUAUGACGUGUGUGGGAUCCUGCUGGGUACGUCCACUCUGCUGGUGUGGGUGGGAGUCAUCAGAUACCUCAGCUUCUUCCAGAAGUACAACAUCCUGAUCGUGACUCUGAGAGCUGCGUUCCCCAACGUGAUCCGCUUCUGCUGCUGUGUGGCCGUCAUCUACCUGGGCUACUGCUUCUGUGGAUGGAUAGUACUGGGACCAUACCACGUCAAAUUCCGCUCCUUGUCCAUGGUGUCUGAGUGCCUCUUCUCCCUGAUAAACGGUGACGACAUGUUUGUGACGUUUGCGGGGAUGCAGGAGAGCAGUGCUCUUGUCUGGGUCUUCAGCCAGGUCUACCUCUACACCUUCAUAUCGCUCUUCAUCUACAUGGUGCUGUCGCUCUUCAUAGCACUCAUCACCGGGGCCUACGAAACCAUCAAGCAUCAGACCCAGGAGCCGAUGCACAUAACAGACCUGCACGCCUUCAUAGCGGAGUGCACUGACACGCCCUCAUCAGGGAAGUUCAGGGGACUGGAGACGUCACCAUGCUCAUUCUUCUGCUGCUGUGACAGGACCACUACGUAUGAGGAUGUGCUGCUGGUCAACUAGCACUUUACUGCCCCCUGUUGGUACACAAAGAACACUGCACGUAGAGGCCUUCUCUCUCUCUCUCUCUCUCUCUCUCUCUCUCUCUCUCUCUCUCUCUCUCU